AUGUUGAAGCGCUUUUCGCACAGCAGGGGCGAGUCCCUGGAUGACAAUGGGUCGGGACACUCCAUAUUUCACAAGCGGACGCCGUCCACACAGGCAGCGGCGAACGCUGCGGGGCUGGGGGCGGCGGCGCACCGGCGCACGACAUCGCGGUCCAGUGUGAGCAGCACGUCGAGCAACUUUCUGGCGGAGCAGUACGAGCGGGACCGCCGCGCGAUCAUCCAGUCGUGCUUCCAGAAAGUCGACGCCGUCACGGGGCUGCCCAUGAACGUGUACAUAACACACGUGCGCAUCAUCGAGGACUCGCGCUACCCCAGCAGCCGGCCGCCGGCGGACUCGCCGCUAACGAAUAAGAAGAAGCGUGCGCUCAUUGUGAGCACCCGGGCCAACGGGCUAGGGAUGCAGCUGCACAAGGCGCGCGAGAACAGCAAUGGCACGUUCCAGAUUGGCCGGUCGUGGGAUCUGAAGGAGCUGGUGCUGAUUGAGCGCGACCUGGAGCGGCCGGAGGGCUUUGUGUUCAUUAUGGGGAAGAAGUACUACUGGGAAACGAACUCGGCCAAGGAGCGCCUAGUGUUCAUCAAGAGUAUCGUGAAAAUAUACAUGGAGAACUCGAACGGGCGCGUGCCGCAGCUGAUCAAUUGGGACCUGAGUAUUUUCUAUUUGGACGAGCAAAGCUACCAGAGGGCGGUGAUCCGCGCGAAGUCGCAGCCCGACGUUCCGCCUGCGAACGCAAGGGACGGUGCGCACGUAGCCACACAUGUGGGGAAUACCAUGCAUACCGGGAGCGCGAUCCACCCGUCUGCCAUGAAUAUAGGGAUGCAGCCGGGCCCGCAGGCGCAGGCGCAGGCGCAGACACAGAGCCAGUUUGUGCCACCACAGAGCAAAACGUCUUUCAAGGAGCUUUCCGCCUUCUCGCCGGAUCCAACUUAUACAGAAAACUCCAGUGCCGAUGUGCUCCCGCACAAUUGGCCAUCAUAUUCGCCAGGUCAUGAUCACAGCCAGGCGCCACAACAGGCGCCACAACAGGCGCCACAACAGGCGCCACAACAGGCGCCAAGGCAGAACAAUCCCCUCGGAAGUGCUCAAAGUUCGGCACAUGGGGAGCCUCCCAGGCCUGCAGUUCAGCAGCCUAACAUACCUACUGCAGCAACUCAUACUGUGGCAGGAGCGAUCCCUAGCGGGCCGCCCUCUUCGACUCCGCACCAAGGUUCGCAUCCGUAUUCAAGUUUUUAUGCCCGCGGGAGGAGCGACAGCGGCAACAAAACACUACGCAUACCACAUUCGCCUUCAUCUGUAAGGUCAGAUGUAUCAAAGACGGGCAUCUCUCCCGUCAUGCCAUUGAAUGUUUCUCCGGAAGAAGGCCAGCAGAAAGAAGACUCGCCGUACCAAAGAUCCAUGCAGGAAAAUGUGACACCUGGCCCUGCGCAGCCAACAGCAGUUGGCCGCCAUAAACCUGGAACCGUCACGGAAUCGAGGGUCUCGUUUGAGAACGACCGGUAUAUGGAAGAAUUGGACGGCGCGCUGAGGAGUUCCCUGGACAUAAACCGGGAUCAUAGCCCAUCCAAUAUCAACACUUUCUCUGAUGAGCCUUCCCCAUACAAGAAGGAGACAAAUAUGCAAGAGGCACCCGCCGCUCCUAUGCUGGAGGCAAUUCGCAAGUUUCCGUCAGAACUGUCCUUUGGUGAGGACGAUAUCAGACCAGAGAGGUUUUCACAUACGAAGACAGAUUCCCAUUCGAAGUUCUCUUUACCCACUAGAAAUGAGCCACGCAUUGCGGUUCCUGAGUUGUCUCCUCCAGAGACCACCGGAAGCCACACAGAAAUAUCAGAGAACGAAGUUCUUGAUUUUCAAGCAAUGGUAGGCAUUUUGGAUGAGAUACACUGGUCCGCUAACGAUGGGUCGGAUGUUGUACUGGAGCGCCUAUUACUUAAGGUCGCUGAAGCAGAAUACCAAUUUAAUAAGCAACUGAUGUCCUUGCCUAAGAAGGCUUCAGAUCUCAAACUCUACAAAGCUAAAACUGUUCAAGAAUGUGAUAGGAUGGAUCCCACGCUUUCCUUGUUCACCAUGGAAUUAUCCAGCAUUUCUAAGGAUAUAGAAUAUGUGGAACGUCAAUCCAAUGGGUUACAGGUUAACUGUGUGAACAAGAAGUUGCUAUCAAAAGAUCUUUCUGGCAUCCUUGAUUCUGUUUCGCUGGCUGAAUCAUCACUAGAAGAACUACUUAAUCUCUCCCUGGUUGAAAAGAAUUUGGAUAAGAUUGAAUCUUUGCUGCUUGGACUACACAAGGCAAUCGGUGCCAUUAAGGGAGGUAAAAAAGACGAACAGUCAGAUCUAGGGGAAAUUAGGGCAUUGAAGGACAGACGGCAGGCAUAUGAGAGGAUCACUGAUAGCUUCUUGAAAAAGCUGGUCUCGCAGAUGGAUGCAAAAUUCAAGAAAAUGCAGGUCUGUUCUUCAGACUUGAAUGAACUUCUUUCUGGCCUGCUAGUGUUUUCUUCCCUACCGCUAUUCUGCAAAGAUGUGUCCGAGCAUACCUUUAAUGUUUUGCUUGAAAACUGGUCAGCGGAUGUCUGCAAACUUUACAACACUCGCGUCGCUAGCGUACUGGAUUACAUGCAAGAGCGAACUGCGAAACUACAACAGCCGCCUUCUACAACAGGAAAAGAUGAACUGGUGCAACUUUGGGACACAUAUAGGAAGACGAAGUCUCUGUCUUUUGCAAGCUGCACAAAAUCAAAUGAAGUUGAUACGAUAUUAAAAUCAUUGGGUGCUAUAGAGGAGCUAUGCAUCACUUAUCAGAAUUUCGUCGACAGGUUCUUCCAUAUGUCUUCCUCUUUCACGUUCCCCGAAUAUGUCAAGAAGUUCGACACCAAAUCCAGACAGUUUGAUUUGUACACGGUGAAAUCUAUGGAGUCAAAUAGAGAUUCAGCAAAACUGAAGAACCAGAUGGUGACCACUGUCUUUCAAGCCGAGUUCGCUAGUUUUUUUGCAGAGGUUAGUCAGACUCUCAGGAAAAACCAGUGGCAUAUACCAGUCGUACUUUUAUACCUCGAUAAUAGGAUAAAAUGGCUGAAACCUACGGAUCAGGAAUUCCUAUUAAGUGCUAUUGUAAAGAUAUACGAGAAAUUGAAGCAAGAUUGGGAGGCUUAUAUCAACGAACAAACAGUUCAUCAUGAAAGAGCUGUUAUCGACUACAAGGCUAGGUAUUUGUUCCCUCCUGUUUUGAACUUCCCUAUUUUCGUUAAGACGGCAGAAGAUGAGCUGGCCCAUGCGUUCACAAAUUUCAAUCUCUCACCUGAGCACAGCUCUGAUAUUCUGAACUACUUGGACGAAACAUACUGUGGGUGGGGUGCGUCAGUGGUGAAACUGCUCGGAAGAGAAGAUAAAUCGGAACUUGGAUCUACAAAACUACCUCCAGUAAACCAUUCGGCGAACAUAGAGAGGUGUGUUUCUAUUGUUAAAAACAGUCAUUGGUUUGUUGAAAUCCUCCCCAUUUUCCGAAAGGAUAGCUUCCUCGAUAUUAUCCAGCAAUCCAAGCAGGUUUUUGACAAACAGAAAGAAUCCUAUGCAGAUAUGCUACUCUACCAGGAAAUGGGUGAAUUAUUUGCAUUUGUUGAUGGCACACAUGGCUUGAUCAAUUCAUCUUCUGCGAAAGCGGAUCCUUCAAGGUGGGCAGCAUACAGCCCACAGCAUUUAAACACUCUGCUAUCCAAGUAUACCUCGCAGCAGAUAGACAACAUUGUGGACAAGAUGUACAACAACAUGGUGCAGCAUUUCUCUGAACAUGCCGAGAGCAAGAUGGCUGAGUCACUGCGCGAAAAACUGUGGUCAUGUAUCCAAGGCCAAACUGUCUCUUUCUAUUUGAAGCUGUAUUCACUCAUUGACAGGCAUUAUAAAGGAAUCCACGUCCAUUUCACUAAAAACGAUAUAAUUAGUGCAUUCGAGGGCCAUAAAAAUUGGUAG